AUGGAUGAGCUGGUGCAUCAUUGUCUGCGAGAACUUUCAUUCGAUGGCGAUCUUGGUUGUAACGUUUCCCGCUUGCGAGAUUUCAUCGUAGGAUUCCACAGUCACGACGCUACCCACCCGCAGGUCGUCGACGAUGCUUUUUGUGCGUUCGUCUGGUCCAUAGUCGUCCAGCAGCCCACUGUCCGCGUUGGUACGGUUCCUCCGGGCGUAUCAUCUGAAGUGCACGUCGCUCCUCAGACCAGCGCAAGGCGUAAAGCGGCAGCUAAGGGCGAGGUACUUGUCGAAGAAGCUCCACCAUCACUCACUAUCGUUGAGAAUGCACGCGAUAGGUCAUUAGAGGACCUAAAAGCAGAAUAUGGCGAAAAUCUUAGGAUUGCUGUUGAUCCAGAGACUUCUUUUGCUGCAAUCACAGGAUCUCAUAUCAGAUCUUCGAAACUCAGUCCAAUGGUUUAUAGUGCUUUGCAAUUCAUCACAAGAGGUCGUGAACAAGGGGUUACGACUGUCGAGCUCGGACGUAAGACAAAGUACGAUCAGAAAACCUGCUUUUAUGUCAUCAAACAACUACUGGAGCUUGGCUUAAUUAUCAAAGUACGGCGAGGAGGUGUUGGUAAUCACUCCUGCAUUCACAGAUAUUUUGUGGAGCGCAGCGCGUUCUGGCAACAGAUUCAGCAAGAAGAAGCCAAAGAUGACGAACCUGUUAUUAUUGGAGAGAGUCAUCCGCAAGAUGCAAAUCCUAUUGAAGAUGGGACUCCCUCUGUUUUAUCGUCGGAACUCGACUUUGAGCCUGUGGAUUCCAGACAUUUGUCUAGUCUUCCACUACUCAAAAAUCGAAUUAUCAAGUUGCUGAAGGCGUCGCCGAACAAUAUCCACUCCUCAAAUAACUUAAUUAUCACCCUCGGCUUUGUGGAUCCAAACAAGACAGACCGUCGCUUCUUUGAAACUCGUCUGCGAGAGUUGAUUGCACAAGGAGUGAUAGAACGUGUGUUGGUUCCGAGCUCCAAAGUCAAAGACAGGCUUGUCAAGUGCAUACGACUUGUCACUCCAGACAAUCAACUCUCAGAGGGCGGUGUUAUUCUUGCCCCUCAGGAAGGCGAGGAGGAUGACAAGAAAAUCAUGCUUGAUAAUACAUCUGCUGGUCACACCGAGGUCAGGGCAAACCGCACAAUCCAAAAACAAGUGUCGGAUGUACUUGAAGAAGCAGGGUCUUCCGGCAGAACUCUUCGUGAAAUCUGCAGCGCCCUUGGCAACUUCGACAAACGCACUAUUGAACUUCUUUUAACCCGAGCAGUCAAGAGUCGCCCUCCCGCUCACCUCAGCGAUCUCGGGACAAUGGACUUUAUGGAGUCGUUUGGGCGGGAAAGACGACAUCGAUAUUAUACUCUAGCGGCAUAUACGAUAAUCAUGGCCAGCGAAAAGCUUGAAGAUACGACAACGUCAUAUGCUAAUAUUGAUCUCUCAAAAGCCGGUGAUUUCGCCGUGUUCCACGAGGCGAUGUUUUACGAUGACGAUGAAACUCUUCACUGCUAUGAAGACAUACUCAAAGGCAAGGAGGGCAGAGUGAAGACAGGAGCUAAGAAGCGUAAAAUGCCAGAAACCGAAGAUCCAGGAGAUGAUGAAGGGGUUGAGGGUACUCCAGAACCUGUCCCAAAAGCCAAAAGGGGCCGUCCGCGGAAAAAGCCACGUGGCGAGGAGGACGGUGAGAUAUCUAUCCCUCCGAAAAAGCGUAGUCAACUUCGCAAAAACCCGAUUGCUGAGGAGUGUGAUGGGACUUCGACGGUACCUAAGGUUCCCAAAAGAAGGGGCCGUCCACCUCAACAGAAGUCCGACACUGAACCAGCCAUUCGCCAUGCCGAAGUUCCAAGGAGUGAAUCGAUGGAGGGUGUUAAUGACAUUGUUCUUGCCGCACAAGUCCCGUCAGCACCUCCACCAGAGACCGGUGGACACCCUCCGGAGGGGUCGGGUAUCACCGGCGUAGCUAGUUAUCAGCGAGGAAUGACUCCAACCACAUCUCAUGUUGUUCCUGAGCCCUCGACUUCAAGCCCGAAGGAAGGAAGUCAUGCGUUACAGGAAUCAUCUGACUUGUCUUCAUCGGCGGUACAUGAGGAUCCCGGUGACGAGCAACACCGUAUCUGUCAAGCUGUGACAGGCACCGAUGUCCAAGCUGCGGUACCUCGUACGUCUAAUGGCGUCGCGCUUACGGCCGACAUUGACAACCUGACGGAAUCUCGUAAUGGGCUUGUCGUAGAGGGACUCAAAGCCAAGGCAUCUCGUAGAAAGCUGAAACCCCCAAUUCGCAAGAGCGGUGCUUCCUCUAACCCAAGACUUGGAACUGUGGUAGAAGGAAUAUCGGCUGAAGGUUCUGAUGAUCGAAUCGAUGAAUCAGAAGUCGUUCGCAUUCCACAGCAAGCAGUAGAUGAUGCAAGAACCGAUAGAUUAUUUGUCAUGGAUAAGCGCCCUUCCGAACCUAUGAUCAUCGAUCCUGCGCUACUGGAUACGUCUUCUUUAAUGGAGGCGGACGUAAUGUCCAUUAUGAUAGGAGAGAAACGGAAGGGAUCCCCACUGCCAGUAACACCUUCCCAACACAAACGCCCGCGAAAUAAGCCUAGUGACAAGCUCAAAACAAAUACGAACAUAUCUCAUUUACGCCGCGAGAACGAAUUUUAUCGCGUAAUCCAAGAAUUUGGUGGUAUUGUAAAUCUGCAAACAAAACACUUUUUUGAUGCUCACAUUGCUCUGCUGAAUGACAUGGCUCACCGUGGAGAACCUGCAAGUGCACCCUCAGGAACUCGUAUCGACAAGAGAACCGCAGAGGCCACCAUAAAGAACAUGGAAAGUCGUGGCCGCGUCAAAGUCCUCAAAACCACUAUAUUCUCCGUCACCGGAAGCACUCGGCCUGCCUCCCUUGUUCACCUCCCAGACACGCCUCAAGAGAAAAUCAACGCAUUCUUACAUCAUCUGAGUCACACCAUCCCGGCUCCUAAUGUUCGGCCUGUCAAGACAUUUGAGGAACCUGUGGAAUUUGGAGCUUCGAGCAGCAUCUCGCAAUGCACCACUCUACCGCUCCAUCUACUGCACAUGGAAAAAUCUGGGAAAGAUGAUGCUGGACAUCAGGUCCUUGAUACUGCCAAGGCGGAGGAACUCUUCUCGUACGACUCUGAAACGAUCCGCGACGUGCUACUUACGGAGAGAACUACGGUAGCGCAAUUGUAUGGUUUCAGAGUCGGGAAAGCGGCUCGGUUGCGGGACUUUCACGUCUUUACCCUUGGGUUACUCGAACAACACUCUUCGCCCCGUAUUGUGUCCCGCGAGCAUUCCAUGAUCGACAUCUCCUUGUACCAACUCGACGUCCCCAUUGCCGUCUAUUGCUCAUUCAUUACCGUACUCAGUUACGACGAAGAACUAUCAAAGCUCAUGGCCUCCGUGGAGGGCAAAGAAACAUUAGUCGGAGACCUGCCGGACCAUAUAUCAGCAAAGCUGCAGGUGGGAAAGUUGCAUUCCAAAACCCGUGUUUUGGAACUCUUAGAUGCCCUUCGGCUUCUUGGACUUGUGACUCCCUACGAACUAUCCACGGAUGACAAUGCAGAUUUUACAUGCACUCUCUCUGAUGGCCGGACAGUUUUACUCAAGGCAGCCCCUUUUGACGGGUGGCGGGUAGCUGCACCAUCUGCUGCGCCCCGAUAUUGGCGCUUCAAUGAAACAGCGCCGUUACAUCUCUGGGCUCUUUCGGAUUCUUCCCCGCCUUACUGGAAGCAUGUCUCGGUGAAAUCUCGCUGUGAUGGUGUAGCUUUUUGGGACGAGCUGCAUAAAGUUAGCCGAGAUGUUGCUUACGUGCAAAGCGCCGUUUGUCCAACGCACGGCACUUCGGGACCUCCAGAAAACACACCUCUUCUGCGGUUCCUUCGCCGGAGAGCAUCUUGGGACUUGGAUUACCGCUUUACUUGGCACCAGAAGCGUUAUCUAGACCAAUCUGUAGACCGCGCCACAGCCCGCAGUCCACUCGACGAAGAGGAUGUUGACUCACAGCUGCAGCAUAUUUCCCAUGUUCUUGGUGCUCCACGUGCGCCUAUUGUCACUUACCUCAAAGGAGCCGCCGAAAAGAUUUUGCGCGAAACGAAGAAAGCACGAAUGAGGCAGAAACGAGAUGGAGCAGAGCAUUGUGCGAUGCAAAACAUUGAAGCCAAAACCAUACUUCAGAAGAAGGCCGAGGAAGCGAAGCUUCAGAGGGAAAGCGACUGGGAGGCCCUACUUCAACGCGUGCAUCCCGGACCUCUGAAGGGCACCAUGGGCAUCCGCAUUCGAGCUGUUCACAAUCGCUUUAUGCAAUCCAGCUCGAUCAGAGAUACGGAUCGAUGGCAACGUGAAAUUGAAAACGCCGUACGGGAGGCUGAACUGGCUUCAAACAAGGUUAUCGCAAGGCCGAAGGCGCUCGCGCUUACGCGCCCUAUAGCUUUACCUCCUGUUGCAGCCAAUCCUCCUGAGAAAUCGGUGCAUUUCCUCAUAGCUCAGCAAGGACCACCUAUCCACAUGCAACAAAUAGACAAGACGAGAGGAAAGAGCAAGACCAAGGAAGGCCAGUUUUACCAAUCAGAGAAUAAGACCCACCAGAGACGUUCUAGAUUCCAUUGGACUCGAGAAUACGAUGAGCUCGCCCGUGAUACAUCUGCUAUAGUUCGUGCUCGAUGUCGUGGUGGGGUCAAGAUCGAUCUUUCGGCUUUUGACCAAGUGUUUCCUGCUGUGCCUCGUAAUUCUGUCCGUCUCCGUCUCUCGCAUCUUCGAGAAAAUACUGGUGAAGAAGUGUAUAUGUCGCGCCUCGAGGACCGAUGGCAUGACCUCUGGAUUCAACAUAGGGGUACUGAGCACCUUCCCGAUGAAGAUCCUCAAAGCCCGUCGAACUUUGACAUAGUAAAUCACAUAGAGUUUCUUCGGAAGCAUGUUGAUAAGAACGCCUUGAGAGUUGGUUAUGUUGAGCAUACAACUCGGACAAAGCUACCAGCAUCAGUGGAUGAAAUCAUACAUCAUUUCGAUGUCCUUUGCAACACAACUAUUUCUCCUGCUUGGGAAUUUGUGUGGCAAGCUACCGUCGAAGAAGGCCGAGAGAAACAGUUUCUCCGACAGUCUUUCACUCAUGGACCAGACGAAGUUCCAUAUCUCACGAACACAAGUGAUGAUGUAGUUCAAGUCGCGGAAGCUGCGCUAAAGAUGGUUUUUGGCAUGUCUAGCGAGCAUUACGAUGCUGAUUUGGCAGCGGGAAUGCUCCAUGGUGUAGGUGAUCAGUCUGUGUCACUCGCAACCUCCAACCUUUUGCGCCGUGGAGUCCUGUCAAAGGUGGUUCGUGAUCCCCAAAAAAUGAAGCCAGGACGCACAUUGAAAAUAUCAGACGUCAACCAAAAUGCCAUCGGAGGCUCGAUACAUGGAGACUUAUUUCAAGACGCUGUCGCUCUAGAUGAAGUACUUGCAGAGCAGGUCGACAAUAUGGAAUGGCCUUUGUUAGCUUCUGAUGGUGACACCGCAGCACUACUCCAGCUAGUGUCAGAGGAGCAGGUCAAUUUCAUCAUAGAUACAGCACAGUCGCAAAAUGCUCGAACAAGGCUUGACUGGAAUAGCAAAAAAGCAGAUGACAAUGAUAUAGAGACUAGCAUCCAAGUCUGCUUGAAACCACUCGAUGGAGACGACAACGAGGGCAACGGAUGUGCGAUAACGCCUUUAUGUGAGUUGCGCUUGGACCCUACGAACACAUCACUCGACGAGAUCAAGCAACAUGGAAAAACGGUAACCCAAGCUGACGCUGCUUGCGCUGAAAAGAUACAAUCAAGAAUCGUAGAUUGCGCGCUAUGCAUCGAGUCGACGUUUUCCAAGUUUGUCGCUGGUCUGGAUGGCGAACAACGAAUACUGGCUCGAGAUAUCUUUGAUCGAGCUAAUGCGUCAUUAGAAUUAGGCUCAUCAAAGUCGCACUACCUAGCUCUGGGUGCUGGUGAUGUGGUUAUGGACCUGUUACAACGAAUGUCCCAAACCCUCCCACCCCUCAUUCUCUGGGUUGGAUACUCUGCGCCAGUUAUCGUUUCCUGCCUUCAUGUUCAUGCUCGUCCUUGGACAGUGGAGAUUAUGAAGGAACCAAAAACUCUUGCCUUACCUCGACGUUGGCUAGAUAUCCGCGGCGGUACAAUACGAGACACAUGGAACGCUAUCCUGCACGCUGUGGUGGGCGUCAUUUUUUUUCAUCCAGGAAUUUCUCAGACCGAGCUGCGGUGGAGGCUCAGGGCAGUAUGUGACCGACAGGAAUUCGUAGACAUCCUAUGUUUCUUGUACCGUGAAGAAGCCAUUUACGCACGAGUCGGUACAGCAUGCCCGACUGGCACCGUCUGGCCGGCGACAUUAGAUGAUGGGGAGGAGCAACAGGUUUUCUGGUUCAUUGGUAAGAACAAGUAUUGGUAUCAAGUCUAAAUCAUGUUCAUUGGACGUUGCGAUAACCAUAUUACUAUGCUCAUGUCAGUGUCAUGGAAUAAAGUUUAAAGAUAUUCACACUGUUUUUUGAACUGGUCUUGCUACAUAGAUGUGAGGCCAUCUGCGCUUGAUUCACUCACCAGUUUCGUUAUCCGUGACCAGUACCAAGGCCUGAAGUUUAUACUCUACCCCUACUCGCUAUGCU